UUUGUUUCCCUCCUCUCCCAAUUCUUGAAAAAUUGAGUUAGUUGUGCAAAAACAGUAGCGAAAUCGCAGAAAUGGAUGAUGAAGAAAGCAACUACCUCCAAAAAAUCCAUCAGGAAGACAUCAUCUGCAACUCGAUGCAACACCUCUCCACCGCCUCCGACCCACUUCCCUCCGCCAAGAGACACUCUGCUCUGUACCGUUCAUCUCUUCUAGAACCCCUUCCCAAAAGGCCAACUCUCAACCCCUCCACCGCCGCACCGCCGUCGCCAACCAUCUAUUCUCCGCCCACCAUCACCAAUUCCACGGCGGCGCCUCCACAAUUCUUGGAAAUUCCUCCAAUCAAGAACCACCCGAUGUCGACUGUAAAUGUCGAUCAAGAAUCACACCCGCUUCAAGAAAUUGCGCCAAUUUCCGCUCCGAUCGCCGGAACUCCGCCGCGCCUACCUGCCAAGAGGGAUCUUUUUAGGUCUCCUGUCUCCAGCGAGAAUCCCACUGCAAAGAGGUUGAGGAGGAUGAAGGAGCGUCUGAGAGAGAUGAGAGAGUGGUGGAAUCAAGUCGCCACCGAAGACGACGACGAGGAGGAAUGUGAAGAAGAAACGCAAAAUCCAUCACAAGAAGCCGUGUUUGUGGAGAAGAGUGGAGAAUGCCUAGUCCUACAUUUCAAGUGCCCCUGUGGUGAUGGCUACCAGGUUCUGCUUUCUGGCAACAACCUCUACUACAAGCUCACAAAUUUCCGAGACUGCUGAGAUGGAUCGAUCGAACAUCUUCUUCUUCCCACGAAAUCUUCGAUCUAGACCUCAUACAUAACUUGUGAUUAGCUUUUCUGUGCAAAGAAUUUUUCUAGGUUACUCUGAUUCAAUGCCAAUUAUUUUGCUUGCUUAGUCUCAACUUUCAUUUGUUUCAUCACUUUAGUGAAUAAUCAAAUGGAGAGUUAGGCUUCA